AUGGCGGAGACGACCUGGUUCACGGAGCGCCUCCGUGAGCUGUGUGAGACCGAGCCGGAUUCGAGGGAUGCCCUCCGAGCGAAAAUCCGCGAGAAGAUCGAGUUUGUAGAUUCGUGCAUUCAGCACGGACGUGCUUUGGGUCAGAUUGCUUUGUCAAAAGGACUCUGGGAGGCACCUUCGGCUGUGCUUCGUGAUCAGAAUGAGGCUGUGGCUAAGUUCCGGAACAGAUGCUCCGAGUUGGGUCUGCCACUGCGGCCAGAGCUCUUCCAUGACCCGGAAGAAAGGCCAGAGGCUGCAGAGCCGCAGCAGCUGGCAGAAGCUGAAGCCACAUCCGCCUCGGCAAGUUCACCAGAGAAGAUUCGCAGCCCUACGAAGAUUCUGUAUCUCAAAGCCGCAGCUGGAAUCAAUGGUGUACUGCAGCUACACAAGGCCCUGGAUGCCACUCUUCAGGGGUAUGUUCAUUUAUGGAGAGUUGAAGAGAUCUGGCCUGAGCAGCAGGGCACCCAAAUUGCAAAAGCCUGGAAAGUGGAUCUCGGUAUCCAUUUGCCACGCCGGCAAGAUUACAAAGGCAAGAUUGACAUCGUUGGAGUUGGUCUGCAGGUCCGUGGCUGUAAGCCGCCGCUCCAGGAGGCGGCCAUGGGAUGCCUCCACGUGGUACUGGCAGCUUGUGUGCCUCGGGAUCUGGAUCUGGACCUACUGCCAGGUUGCCCUGACUGUUUGAUUCGUGUGCGCAAUUACGAAGUCCAGCUCGACAGCCUGAAUGACUUCCUAGAGUUCACCAACCUCAGACAGAGGUGGAGGUUUACAAAAAUCUUCACCAAGGGCCAGCAGAAACUGCAGACAGGCAUCAAACUGCACGUGCUCGCAUGGUUUCUGCUACGUGUGCCCUUCCUAGACAGCUUCGAGGACAUCAGCUACUCCCGCCUUCAACGGCGAUUGCUCCACCGCCUCAGCCAAGCAGCCGAGCAAAAUUUCCCCGCAAUCCUUCGACCUGACCUACCUGUUCUGCAAGCAGACCAUAAACUGCACCCGGCGAAGAAGUGUCUAGCCACCAGCAUCUACUUUUCAGAUAGUGGGGGAGGAGGAUUUCUUGGUGCAACAUCCGACCAGAGCCUAGAGAAUAUGGACUUGAAGGGGGUGACUGCAGCGGAUUUCUACUUCCGGUACAUCCGGAAAACUGGCGAGAUCUUGGCGGAGGAGAUUGCCAAGAUGACCCUGAAGAGCUUCAGUGUCCUCUGCGACGCAAGUCCCAAGGGCCACAUGAGUGUUUGGCUUCCGGUGGUGUGCUGCAAUGACUUUGCAGCAGUGGGCACUUUGCAAAAGAUGGAUCCCCACCACGUGAGUGAGGUGGAUACUGCUACGAAGAUGAAAGCUGCAGCCCAGAUCGCCGGUGCUACAGCAGAUCUCCUGGUGGCCGACCGGCCUCGCAAGAUCAAAGAAGUGCACCAAAAGAAGCUUGCUGCCAAAGAGCAGCUGCAGGCCCUCCACAACUGCAUCCAACAUAUGGGCAUCAACUUCGACCAGCUCUGGCCGGAUGAAAGCCUCCGUCCCAUCAACCCGCUGAUGGAGCAGCGGCUGUGUCACCGCUUUGAAGGGGAAGACAGGAUGUAUGUGCACAAUGCGAUGACCUCCGAGUGCCACUGGGAGCCUUUGAACGGGGCUCACUACCGCCUCGUCUUGGCACCGGACGAGGCCAAGUCACAAGCUGCACAAUGCCUGCAAGAGCGUCCUGCAGUCCACGAAAGUGAUGAAGAGAUCCUGGGCUGUGCUUUUGCAUGGAAUGUACACGCUGACAUCGUGGAUAUCACGCUGCCGACGAUCCCCUUGGAAUCAGCAAUCGGAUCUGACAUAAAAGAAGACUACGGGCAUACACCCCAGCACACGCUAUCAGACCAGGCAAGACCUGAUGAUGUAUUGCAAGAGAUGUUCGGCAAAGACAUCCUUCUUGAGAAUGGCCUCGCGCCAACCGAGAACGAAGAUGAGGACUUCGAAAAUGUCGUCGGCAUUCUCUCGAAGUUGGUGAAGCCACUCGGCUUUCACAAUGCCGGCGUCAACCCGUUCCACAUUCUCUCCAAGCAGGCCGAUGUGGAGGCUCCUGAAUCCAGCUUCGAGAAAGUCGUGGAUUUGACGGCUCUACGUGUGAACUUUUCCAGGGACCCGCUGACAGCAGAAACGCUACUCGAGCAAGUGCUUGCCUACCUCGCAUGCUGUUUCGAACUCCUGGAGUACGCCUCCUACCUCCGUUCCUUCCCUGCCUUGUCGGCUGCCCUCCUAGCUACAGAAAGCACAGAGGCCACUCGGGCACAGGUUCUGCAGGAAGCAAAAGCAGAGUGGAGCACGGUGUUGGACAUGGAAAAAUCGACAGCAGGGCAGCUUCUGCUCAAAAAGCACUGCUUGUUCACAACCUUCCAAUGCUAUCGCGAACUUCAUUCUGUGUGCGAGCGACAUGGAUACAAAUUCGUGGAGCAGAUUGGGGAAGUGGUGAAAGCAUGGUACCCUGCCUUCGGUCAGUCCAGCAACCUGGAAAACGUGUUUCGCGAAAUGGAGUAUGCUGUGCGGAAGUCUGGUGUGCCUCAGGACGAUUUGACAAAUCUGGGUUGUGUGGCUGUCCGAGCCUUGGGUCGCAGGAUUUGCAAUGAGUCCGAAGAGAAGCUUACACCGGCCACUCCCGAGUUGACUGAGAAGGACUGGGAGGGCAAAGAGGUCAGGGCGCUGAAGCACAAAAUUUGGAGCCCCACUUCGGCCCUGCCGUGCAAGAACAUCCGCUUGGAGGAAAUCUUGAAGCCGUUCGCAACCACGAAUGGAGAAAGCCCGAUCGACGCCUCGAACCACUUCUGGGUUGCAAGCAACACCUAUGCUGUGAUUCAUGUCUCCUGGAUUCAUUUGCUGGCUAUCGCUUUGCAAGAGCUUCCGUGGUGCUUCAAAGGGCCCCUGCCACCCGCAAGCGGCAAGGAGAUCUCCUGUGCUGGCAAGGCCAAAAGAAAGACUGAGGAUCCUUUCCAACACUCAGAGGAUUCCACGCCGGCCCUGUGCUUCCUGAGUGGGCCGAACAUCUUUCGACAUGUUCGCAUGACACCGCAGCAGGCUGAGAUCUUUCAGUGCACUUUCCACGUUGCAGAUGCUGCCCUUGCUGCAAAGACAGGCAGCAUUGUGAUUCGGAGGGCCCCAAGGGGCUGGAGCCUCCUGGUGUUUUUGUUUCGAACAGAACGCAUUCUUACAAUCACAUCAGCUGCACUGACUGAGCUUCUCCUUUUGGAGGGCAUGAGAUUGCCGAAGAACGCUGCAAAAGCAGCGAAGAUCAGAAAGCUCAUGGAGUCUACUUCUGUGGCCGAGCACACAGAUCAGAACUUGAGGGACAAGAUCGAAGCACAGCUUUUGCAUCAAGAUCAAAAGAAAAAGCGAAAGGGCGAUACAGGCGAUGAGCAAGAUGAAGAGGGCGACGUGGAGCAGGCAGAGCAGGAGAUCGAUCCUGCUUGUGUUGCUUGUGAGCAGCUUCUCGCUGACCUGGACAGAGAGGAGGAGGCUGACCGAGUGGACGAAGAAGGGGAAGCUGCAGUGGAAACUGCAGAGGAAAAGGAUGCGCGGCUGCGGGCUUCAAGGGCUCUCUUGACAAAGAGCAGUGCUGUUCCGAGCUUUCUUGUGGAGAAGUUUGCGGACAUCUUCGAAGGGAAGAAACUCGGAAUGGCGGAGACGACCUGGUUCACGGAGCGCCUCCGUGAGCUGUGUGAGACCGAGCCGGAUUCGAGGGAUGCCCUCCGAGCGAAAAUCCGCGAGAAGAUCGAGUUUGUAGAUUCGUGCAUUCAGCACGGACGUGCUUUGGGUCAGAUUGCUUUGUCAAAAGGACUCUGGGAGGCACCUUCGGCUGUGCUUCGUGAUCAGAAUGAGGCUGUGGCUAAGUUCCGGAACAGAUGCUCCGAGUUGGGUCUGCCACUGCGGCCAGAGCUCUUCCAUGACCCGGAAGAAAGGCCAGAGGCUGCAGAGCCGCAGCAGCUGGCAGAAGCUGAAGCCACAUCCGCCUCGGCAAGUUCACCAGAGAAGAUUCGCAGCCCUACGAAGAUUCUGUAUCUCAAAGCCGCAGCUGGAAUCAAUGGUGUACUGCAGCUACACAAGGCCCUGGAUGCCACUCUUCAGGGGUAUGUUCAUUUAUGGAGAGUUGAAGAGAUCUGGCCUGAGCAGCAGGGCACCCAAAUUGCAAAAGCCUGGAAAGUGGAUCUCGGUAUCCAUUUGCCACGCCGGCAAGAUUACAAAGGCAAGAUUGACAUCGUUGGAGUUGGUCUGCAGGUCCGUGGCUGUAAGCCGCCGCUCCAGGAGGCGGCCAUGGGAUGUUUGAUUCGUGUGCGCAAUUACGAAGUCCAGCUCGACAGCCUGAAUGACUUCCUAGAGUUCACCAACCUCAGACAGAGGUGGAGGUUUACAAAAAUCUUCACCAAGGGCCAGCAGAAACUGCAGACAGGCAUCAAACUGCACGUGCUCGCAUGGUUUCUGCUACGUGUGCCCUUCCUAGACAGCUUCGAGGACAUCAGCUACUCCCGCCUUCAACGGCGAUUGCUCCACCGCCUCAGCCAAGCAGCCGAGCAAAAUUUCCCCGCAAUCCUUCGACCUGACCUACCUGUUCUGCAAGCAGACCAUAAACUGCACCCGGCGAAGAAGGGAGGAGGAUUUCUUGGUGCAACAUCCGACCAGAGCCUAGAGAAUAUGGACUUGAAGGGGGUGCUCCCGGUCCAUUAUAGCAGGACUGCAGCGGAUUUCUACUUCCGGUACAUCCGGAAAACUGGCGAGAUCUUGGCGGAGGAGAUUGCCAAGAUGACCCUGAAGAGCUUCAGUGUCCUCUGCGACGCAAGUCCCAAGGGCCACAUGAGUGUUUGGCUUCCGGUGGUGUGCUGCAAUGACUUUGCAGCAGUGGGCACUUUGCAAAAGAUGGAUCCCCACCACGUGAGUGAGGUGGAUACUGCUACGAAGAUGAAAGCUGCAGCCCAGAUCGCCGGUGCUACAGCAGAUCUCCUGGUGGCCGACCGGCCUCGCAAGAUCAAAGAAGUGCACCAAAAGAAGCUUGCUGCCAAAGAGCAGCUGCAGGCCCUCCACAACUGCAUCCAACAUAUGGGCAUCAACUUCGACCAGCUCUGGCCGGAUGAAAGCCUCCGUCCCAUCAACCCGCUGAUGGAGCAGCGGCUGUGUCACCGCUUUGAAGGGGAAGACAGGAUGUAUGUGCACAAUGCGAUGACCUCCGAGUGCCACUGGGAGCCUUUGAACGGGGCUCACUACCGCCUCGUCUUGGCACCGGACGAGGGAUCCUCAUUGUUCACGGGCUUUAUGUUUUUGGCUUCGAAAGGAGCUGCCAUUGGGUUCAACCGUGACGAGUGGAAUGGCCUCGCGCCAACCGAGAACGAAGAUGAGGACUUCGAAAAUGUCGUCGGCAUUCUCUCGAAGUUGGUGAAGCCACUCGGCUUUCACAAUGCCGGCGUCAACCCGUUCCACAUUCUCUCCAAGCAGGCCGAUGUGGAGGCUCCUGAAUCCAGCUUCGAGAAAGUCGUGGAUUUGACGGCUCUACGUGUGAACUUUUCCAGGGACCCGCUGACAGCAGAAACGCUACUCGAGCAAGUGCUUGCCUACCUCGCAUGCUGUUUCGAACUCCUGGAGUACGCCUCCUACCUCCGUUCCUUCCCUGCCUUGUCGGCUGCCCUCCUAGCUACAGAAAGCACAGAGGCCACUCGGGCACAGGUUCUGCAGGAAGCAAAAGCAGAGUGGAGCACGGUGUUGGACAUGGAAAAAUCGACAGCAGGGCAGCUUCUGCUCAAAAAGCACUGCUUGUUCACAACCUUCCAAUGCUAUCGCGAACUUCAUUCUGUGUGCGAGCGACAUGGAUACAAAUUCGUGGAGCAGAUUGGGGAAGUGGUGAAAGCAUGGUACCCUGCCUUCGGUCAGUCCAGCAACCUGGAAAACGUGUUUCGCGAAAUGGAGUAUGCUGUGCGGAAGUCUGGUGUGCCUCAGGACGAUUUGACAAAUCUGGGUUGUGUGGCUGUCCGAGCCUUGGGUCGCAGGAUUUGCAAUGAGUCCGAAGAGAAGCUUACACCGGCCACUCCCGAGUUGACUGAGAAGGACUGGGAGGGCAAAGAGGUCAGGGCGCUGAAGCACAAAAUUUGGAGCCCCACUUCGGCCCUGCCGUGCAAGAACAUCCGCUUGGAGGAAAUCUUGAAGCCGUUCGCAACCACGAAUGGAGAAAGCCCGAUCGACGCCUCGAACCACUUCUGGGUUGCAAGCUGCUUUGAGAGAGGAGUUGUUUUUCGGCACGAGGGCAAAUUCUUCAUGUGCACAGGCAACACCUAUAAGAGAACCACUAAUAUCCGCGAUGCCUGGGCUUCAUUCCCUCUUCAGGCUGAGAUCUUUCAGUGCACUUUCCACGUUGCAGAUGCUGCCCUUGCUGCAAAGACAGGCAGCAUUGUGAUUCGGAGGGCCCCAAGGGGCUGGAGCCUCCUGGUGUUUUUGUUUCGAACAGAACGCAUUCUUACAAUCACAUCAGCUGCACUGACUGAGCUUCUCCUUUUGGAGGGCAUGAGAUUGCCGAAGAACGCUGCAAAAGCAGCGAAGAUCAGAAAGCUCAUGGAGUCUACUUCUGUGGCCGAGCACACAGAUCAGAACUUGAGGGACAAGAUCGAAGCACAGCUUUUGCAUCAAGAUCAAAAGAAAAAGCGAAAGGGCGAUACAGGCGAUGAGCAAGAUGAAGAGGGCGACGUGGAGCAGGCAGAGCAGGAGAUCGAUCCUGCUUGUGUUGCUUGUGAGCAGCUUCUCGCUGACCUGGACAGAGAGGAGGAGGCUGACCGAGUGGACGCGACUGGGCCGAUUUUUAACAUCUGUUCCCGUGUCAAUUACAAAAUAAAUGUUCUAGACCUUUGCAAACUAACACAAAGAAAGCAUUCCACAGACCCACAUUGA